AUGGAGAAAAACGAAGGAAAGACCUUCGAUACGAAAGCUGACACGAGAGAGUCUGAAUCGGAGGAGAAUGUUGGAUUGAAACCCCAUGGGGAGAUUGUUGGCAUUGAAGUCGACGACCCAGACGCUGGUUUGAGUGAUGAGGAGAGAGCAGCAAUUGAUAAGAAGCUGGUGCGAAAGCUGGAUAGGAGACUGAUCCCUUGGCUCAGUUUUCUCUAUCUUCUAAGCUUCUUGGACAGGUCAAACAUCGGAAAUGCGAAAAUAGAUGGACUACAGGACGAUCUCAGAAUGACUAAUAGUCAAUACAAUGCCACGCUGACAAUCUUCUUCGUCUCUUACUCGCUCCUCGAGCCGCUCACCAACGUUUUGCUCAAGAGGUUUCGGCCAAGUGUGUUUAUUCCGUCCAUAAUGAUAGCUUGGGGACUUUGCUUGACAUUUAUGGGUUUUGUUCGAAAUUUCGCUGGCCUCAUGGUAGCGCGAUGGUUCCUAGGAGUCGCUGAGGCCGGACUAUUCCCCGGUGUGGGAUACUUGCUGUCCUGUUGGUACAAGCGAUCCGAAUUUGGUAUUCGUAUGGCUGUUUUCUUUUCUGCGGCGGCGAUUGCUGGCUCGUUUGGCGGUCUCCUUGCGGCCGCUAUAGCCCAGAUGCGUGGUGUUGGUGGGAGACCAGGCUGGGCGUGGAUUUUCAUCUUGGAAGGACUCGCGACUGUUGUCAUUGGCGUUGUUUCAUUCUGGGUUGUCGAGGAUUUCCCGGAUCAGGCAACUUUCCUGUCAGAGGAUGACCGCAAGAGGGUGAUCCGUCGCCUGGCCUCCGACAAGCAAUCGAGCGCUGGAUUGGAGAAAUUCAGAAUGGAGUAUUUUUGGGCCAGCGUGAAAGACUGGAAGACUUAUACUUCAGCCAUCAUAUACAUGGGUUGUGAUGGGUCGCUUUAUGCGUUCUCUCUUUUUGUACCGACGAUCAUUAAUGAGCUAGUAAGUUUCUCUUCGACUCAGGCUCAGCUUCUAAGCGUUCCGCCAUAUGCGGUUGCGGCGGUCUUAACAAUCACUGUGGGAUAUAUCGCGGACCGCACUCGUCAGCGGGGCAUUUGCAACAUGGUUGUGUCGUUGUUUGGUAUCGCAGGGUUCAGCAUGCUCCUCGGCUCCCAGACACCAGCGGUGAAGUACAUUGGAACGUUUCUCGGAGCAAUGGGCAUUUACCCUGCGAUCUCAAAUACGAUUUCAUGGGCAAGCAAUAAUACUGAAGGUGUGUACAAACGCGGUGUCACGCUUGGUUUCGUUAUUGGAUGGGGGAACCUGCAGGGCUGCGUAACAUCCAACAUCUAUAGAGGAGACGAUAAACCGGAAUUCUACCCAGGCCACGGCACUGUGCUCGGAUAUCUAUUACUAUUCCAACUAGGCGGGAGCAUUGCACAGUACGUUCUCCUUCGGAUGGAGAACAGGAGACGGCUGCGCGGAGAGCGUGAUUAUUGGGUGGCUGGGCUUGAUGAGAAGCAGGUGGAGAUGAGAGGGGAUAUGCGUCCCGAUUUUAUAUACACUCUUUGA